UCGGGGGCCGGCGCGCCCUCAGCCCACGCGACGGGGGCGGGAGGACCACGACCCCCUUGGCCUCCUCCAGGGGCCCAGCUUCAAAAGAGGACCCGCCUGUCCUAGGCUCCUGGCCACGGGCAAGAGAACAGGGCUCGUAAUCCUUUUGGCUUUUUGAAGUCUGGGGAAAGGAGCAGCCCAGCAGGGACCCACAGCUCUUGGGAGGAUGGUGCGGAUCUUGGCCAAUGGGGAAAUCGUGCCGGAUGACGACCCUCGCGUGAGGACCACUGCCCCGCCACGCAGUAGCACCCCUCGACAGAGCUUUCUCAAUAGGGGCCAGGGUGCCCCCCUGGGGGGUCCCGGCCCCCGCCUGCAGCAGGCAGGAGCCAGGCUGGGUGCUGCUCAGUCCCCCUUCAAUGACCUCAACCGGCAGCUGGUGAACAUGGGCUUCCCCCAGUGGCAUCUCGGCAACCACGCCGUGGAGCCGGUGACCUCCAUCCUGCUCCUCUUCCUGCUCAUGAUGCUCGGCGUUCGUGGACUCCUGCUGGUGGGCCUUGUCUACCUGGUGUCCCACCUGAGUCAGCGGUGACCUCUGGGGGCUGGUGGGACAGGCAUGUGGGAGAGGGAGUUACUGCCUUGGUGUGAGAGCAGGCACACGGGGAGGGGAUCUGGUGAUGCCUUGAACGUGUGCUCAGAGAUGGGGCCACGGUGUGUUUCCACGUUGUGUUAAGCAUGAGGCAAAGGAAGCCUGUAGUCCAGCAUUCUGAAAGUAUCAGGUGGAUACCCAUUCCCUUGAGAUGUUUUUCAGUAGUAUCGGGCCUGCAUUAAGCACAAAGUCGGAGCAACAGAGCGAUUCCCUUUCCAAUUCUUUUCCAAUCCUUUUAUGCCAAGAAGAAAGUCUCAGCUUGGUGCCAAAAUGUUCUCCUGCCUCUGGAACACGUGCUGACUUCCCCUUUUAACUAGGGUCAGGCCUCGGGCUUAGGGCAGGUGGGAGAAGUCUCCAGACUUUUGUAGCACUGUUCUGUUUUAGUGGUAUAUUUUUAUUGGCUACCUUUUAUUUGUGACAAGUGGUACUGGCAUUCUAUGUGGUGGAGUUUUCAAUAAAUAAAUUUAAGGAAAAACGA